AUAUUUCUGCCUCAUAACAACAUGCCUUCCUCAUCACAUCUCCGCAUUCAAACAUCCUUUGAGCCCAUCUCGGCCGAGACCACCCGCUCCUACUUUGUCUCUUCACCACCACAAAAGAAGCAAAAAAUGUCUCUCACCCAGACCUACUACAUCGCCGCCUCUGCCCGCUCCAAGCUGGGCAAAGAGGCUUGCAGGGCCGACCACGACCUUCGCCUCCUUGUUGGCCACGCAAAUCUUCUCGACAGCCUCAUGAUCGAACUCCAAGACGCCGAGCGCCAGCAAGAAGCAUGGUUCAACCAGACAAUGGCCAAGGGCCUCCAAGGCUGAAGAGCCUCGACACAUUCAGUGGGCUGACAGCAUCGUUGAAGAGGAAGACGAUGAAGACUCUGACUCUGACUCGGAAUCAGAGUGUGAGGAGGACUUUGACAUGCUACCAUUGCCGCGUCGCAUUGCUCAGGCCCCCGUGCACAUCUCCACGAUGGAAUUGGACGAGGACGAAGAGGAUUUCUACGACGACAUGGAGGACGACUCGGACCUUGCGCUCACUCGUGUUUCGUCACAAUCACAAUCACAAUCACAAUCACCGCCUGAGCUCACGUUCGAGGAGGAUUCGGACGACGAGUCGCCGCCUGCGUCACCACCAAACUCAACGCUACAAUUCUCGGAGAAAGAGGCAAUCAUCACAACGUCCUUUUACAGCCACAAGCAACAAACACGCAUGAUGGAGGAUCAGCCACUUUUCAUGGACUCGGCUCCGCUCAUCACAAGUUAUUAGGCCAACAUGUUACGACCUUUUGAUUUAUGAUUCAGCAUUUUAGCGAGCGAGUCUUUUUUUUUUCUUCCCUUUUUCUCUUUUUUUCAAGGCGAGCAUUAUAUCCUAUUUCAUCAUUCUACUGGGUUGCACCUGCACCGCGCAACGAUAUGGAGGAAUCGAAGAGCAAACUCUACUCAGAUGUACUUAAGGAACAUGGCAAGGGGAGGGUCUGGAGGGGAUUUGGUCGAAUCUGCGGUAUGAGCUCUCCCGAUCAGCUGGUCGAGACUCCCGCCUUAGCUAAGCAUCGAAAUGAUCAUUCUCAUAAA